UUCCAAACUUUCUACAUUGGCUGGAAAAAUGACAACGAUCUUUCUGGAAUCUGGGAUGAUAAUAAUAAUAAUCAUCACACGCUUAGGCUUUUCUCCAAUGCCUUUAUUGCAUUAUUUUGUGUUUAUUUUUCUAGUGAUUCCAGUCAACUUAAGAGCUAAAGACAAAAGGCUAACAACUGUCAGGCAAGGAUCAGAUUUAUUGCUAGUUUAUUAACAAUUUCUUUUUAUGAUUAAAAGGCACGAAGUAUUAUUCAUAUAGAAAAGACAAAAAAGCUAGUCAUAUGUGAUAGAUAAGCCUUUGACAAUAAAAGAUUUGAAGUUAACAGAGGGAAAGAAGAAACAAUCGCUGGAUAAAAACUAGACUUCUGAAACCAAUCAAACACAGCAUUCUUCAUCUCACGUUACUGUCUGUCAACAUCCAGAUAUCAAUUUUUGGUCAUUAUUCGACUUUCUUAUAUGAUUAGUGUCGAAAAAAUUUCUUUUUAUGGACGUUUUCUUGCUAUUCAAAAAGGAAUAUUUUUACCUCUUUUGGUUUCGUUCAUUUAGGUACUUAAUUCGCCUGAACCAACACACACGAACCGAUGACAUUAAAGGCAAACUGUCCCAUAUUGACAAAUAUAACCAGUCUGACCUCGUUAUCGCUUCAGUAAAGAACAAUGACGUCAGAAUGAUUCAUAGUCCAACUUCAACUGUUUUUGAUGCAAUGUGUGAAGCUGGGGAACUACAAGCAUUUGUCAUCUGCCGCGGCCCACCCAAACAAACAAGACACAAUGGCAAGGAGGAAGUCGAUUCGUAUCCAUUCACAAGCACGCCUGCACCGACAGAUUGUGUUGAUGCGGAGGAGGAAGAAAGGGGUCCCACAAAGGAGAACGUGAAUGCAAAGAAAAGUGAAAUUGUCACCAUCCCUGUUGUUUUUAAAGAUGAUAGCUUUGAGCGUUGUGACAAAAAUCAAGUUCCACCUGUGUUUGUCCAAAUUCGAAAAACAAUGCAAGGAAACUGUGCUGCAAAAAUUCUCAAGUUUGUUCUGGGAGCAACCGAUACAGAAUGCAAAAAAAUGUUCGUCACUGUUCUUAAAAUAAAGGACAACACGUGUGUUGUUUGCAAUGACCAAAACUGCUCAGGUUGUCAUGUGACACCAAACAGAGCAAUUUCAUUGGAUCAAUCCUGCAAGAUUGUCGUCUUCAUACCACCUGUUAUGAAGCUACAGAAACCGGAGUCACGUGAACACGACAGUUUUGCCAAAGGGAUUCCUUCGAACGUCUACACAAUAGCUGAAGGGGUUGCUGCUUUCCGUAAUGGGGAAAACACAAUCACUUGUAACCGUUGUAGUAUUGAAAGGAGCAUGGACAGCACAAAAACUGUUAUCUCGUAUCCUGAUUUCCUGGUUCUAACUAAUGAUAGCAAUGCUAGUGCAAAUAAAGAACUUGUGAUUCCAAACAUGGAUUUCUCGCCUGCCCUCACCAAAUCAAAUAAACACAGAAAAUGGUACGAUCUUUCUGGGUUGAUAACCUCUACUGAAGGAUCCAAUAACAAAAAAGAUGUCAUUUACCAUACUACUGCAAAACACGCACAAGAAAAGAACAAAACCAAGCAAAGGAUAGAAAUUCUGAUUUAUGUUAACAACCAAUAUGACGAGAGAAAGAAGAUAAAGAAAGCAGUUACUACUAUGACUAAGAAAAGGAAAGUGAUGCAACCAAUGAAUAAUGGCAGAGUUGAUGAGGUCUAUCCAAAAAUGAAAGAGAAUUCUUUGGAGAACUCUGAGGAAGACGAUGAUUGCAAUAAAGACAAGGAAAAAGAUGAUGAGACCGUUUCAGCAUGCAACUGCUCGCAAUGCCACUGUUGGCAGCAGUGCUCAGAACAGAUUCGGAGAAACUCAUUUACUGGAUUUGAUAAGCUAAAGAAGGAAGAAGAAACACACGUGCCAAAAGAGAAUCCUUCACCUGUACCAAGCUUGACAGUUCAGCUCCAAAGAGCCUUGUUCAAACAGGACUUAAGACGCAUUGUCAGCGUUCUCAAGAAAGGAGCCAACCCCAAUAACCUGGUCGAUGGAUCCGCAGCCAUUCAUUUUGCAGCCGGGUUGGCCAAUCCGGCCGGGUACCUCUUCACGAAACUUUUGAUUGACUAUGGCGCCGAUGUGACAUUAAAGUCGGCUGCUGGACAGACCCCUAUUCAAUUUGCCGCUAUAUUUGGCAGAUCGGAGACUAUCAGGUUGCUAAGCUACCAUGGAGCAGAUUUGGCUGAAAUCGACAAAGUGGGCGACGUUCGAAGUGCAAAGAGCAUCGCCUCGUUCCUGAGAGGAGGCUCAGAAACACUCUCGACACCUCAGGAUUCUCCUGCUUCUAAAAGGUAUUUCGAAGAGCAUUGCAACGAUGAUGAUCCGUACCUGAGAACCAUGGUACAACUGAAAAAGUCGCUUGCGUUAGAUCACGAAGUUUUAGAUGGUCCUAAGUGCCAUGUUGAAAAUAUGGAGGGUUUACGGGAAGUCACGGUAAGAGCAGUUGCAGAAAAGCUCUUUCCAAAACACAAAGAAACCAUUGUAGAACCAGAAAAUACAGAGGAGAAGACAUUAGAGACACAAUCAUUAGUCCCGUUGGAGAUCACAGGGGACAUAGCAAUGUCUGAUUUAUGCGAAGGGGAGCGUGUAAAAAGCUCGAUCGGGGUGAACGGAGAAGACACGAUAAUGGAACAGGAAGUUGAUGAAGUGGAUGGGAACAAAACCACAGAAUCAGAUCAGGAGCCUCUUUCCAGUGCGGGAAUUCUAUCCAAUGAGAGUCUCAGUCAAAUGCAAGCAAUUGGAAACGUUGCAUUUGACUCAUCUGCAAUAGAUGAAGACGUCAAUUCAAUUCAUUAUACACCGAAGUCGUUCAUGCGACCAUCAGAAAGCCGCUGGACAAAGUAUCUGUGUUGCAACUCAAAAGCGAGUUCCAGGAAAUUCGAAAAAGAUUCGAGACGCUCUCGUGGAUGGCUUAGGGUUAUGCUAGAGAGGAUUUCGCAAUGGUUUAGAAUUUCAUCUAGUUAGUAGCAGAACGCCGGGAAUGUUUACUUCUUUAUUUGGUCCCGACUUAUAUUUUAAUCUAGUUAUUGGUUUUCAAAGUUAAAUUGCAUUUCAAUGCACUGUAUUAGAUUUACACUCUCAGGCUAAUGCAUUCAAGCAAAAUCGCUGAAAGAUGAACUUGGGAGAUGGGAUAUUUCUAAACCUGGUGACUGCAUCAAAUGGAGCGUUCAAUAUAAUGCAUUAUUUGAGCAUGUAGUAAGAGAAAUAUUCUAUAGUUUAGGGAUUAACAUUUCAUGUUGGAAUUAAUAAAUAUCGAUACGUUUUAUUCGUAAUAAUAAUUAAUCAAGCUUCUUAUUAAAGCUUUUAAGUAGAAAAUUAAUACUGUAUUGAAUAAUUCAUAUUGUUUUAGAUAUUGUUAUUGUAAAUACCGAAAGUUCGAAGAUGUGAUUCUGUAAAAUUGAAAGCAUUUACUGUCAUCCAAAUAUACUGCGAAUAAAUCAAUGUAGUUUAAUUGACUUACCAAAUACCGCAUGUCGUUUGGCUUUCCCAUCAAAAAUGCAUUGUCUUUGGUCGUUUA